GGGAGCGGGCGGCUGGCGAGCGCGGCGGGGUCGGGCCGAGGCACGCGGCGCGGGAGGCUCCCCAGUUCCGCCGCAGCUGCUCUCCGGGCCCGAGCACCGCCCCUCGCUGCCCGGCCCGCGCUCCGUCCGGGUUCCCGGGGCGGGGAGCGAGGGACGGCACGAGGGAGGGAGGGGGCGGCGAACGCCGAGCGAGCGGAGGGUCCCGCGCCGCCCCCGCCGCCGCCUCGCCCGGUGCAGCGGCCCGGGGCGCCCGCACUAUGCAGGCGGGCUGCCGGCCGCCGCGAUGGCGAGCCGGGCGGCGGUGAGAGCCGGGCGCCGCCCGCACCGUCGCGGAGCCCGGGCCGCGUCCCCCGCCUCCCGGCCCCGCGCCCGCCCUCGCCACUGCUCCUCCUCCUUCCCCAUGCCUCUGCUCCUCCUGCUCCUGCUGCUCGACGACGCCGGGGCGCAGCAAGGUGACGGAUGUGGCCACACCGUGCUCGGCCCUGAAAGUGGAACACUUGCGUCCAUCAACUAUCCGCACACCUACCCCAACAGCACUGUGUGCGAGUGGGAGAUCCGCGUGAGGCCCGGGGACAGAGUGCGCUUCAGAUUUGGUGACUUUGACAUUGAAGAUUCUGAUUCUUGUCACUUUAAUUACUUGAGAAUUUAUAAUGGAAUUGGAGUCAGCAGAACUGAAAUAGGCAAAUACUGUGGUCUGGGGUUGCAAAUGAACCAUUCAAUUGAAUCAAAAAGCAAUGAAAUUACAGUGCUGUUCAUGAGCGGAAUCCAUGUUUCUGGACGAGGAUUUUUGGCCUCAUACUCAGUUAUAGAUAAACAAGAUCUGAUUACUUGUUUAGACACUGCAGCCAGUUUUUCGGAACCUGAGUUCAGUAAGUACUGCCCAGCGGGCUGUCUGCUUCCUUUUGCUGAGAUAUCCGGAACGAUCCCUCAUGGAUAUAGAGAUUCCUCGCCCUUGUGCAUGGCGGGUGUGCACGCAGGAGUGGUGUCAAACGUGCUGGGCGGGCAGAUCAGUGUUGUCAUCAGUAAGGGAAUCCCGUACUACGAGAGUUCUCUGGCCAACAACGUCACGUCUGUGGUGGGACACUUAUCUACAAGUCUUUUUACAUUUAAGACCAGUGGGUGUUAUGGAACACUGGGGAUGGAAUCUGGUGUGAUAGCUGAUGCACAGAUCACGGCGUCGUCUGUGCUGGAGUGGACUGACCACACAGGCCAAGAGAACAGUUGGAAACCUGCAAAGGCCCGGCUGAAGAAGCCAGGACCUCCUUGGGCUGCACUUGCCACUGACGAGUACCAGUGGUUACAAGUCGACCUGAACAAGGAGAAGAAGAUAACAGGCAUCGUCACCACCGGCUCCACCAUGGUGGAGCAUAAUUACUAUGUGUCGGCCUACAGAGUUCUCUACAGUGACGAUGGGCAGAGAUGGACCGUGUACAGGGAGCCUGGUGUCGAGCAGGAUAAGAUAUUUCAAGGAAACAAAGAUUAUCACCAGGAUGUGCGUAAUAACUUUUUGCCACCAAUUAUUGCACGUUUUAUCAGAGUGAAUCCUACCCAGUGGCAGCAGAAAAUUGCCAUGAAAAUGGAGCUCCUUGGAUGUCAGUUUAUUCCUAAAGGUCGUCCUCCCAAAUUCACUCAGCCUCCACCUCCUUGGAACAGCAAUGACCUCAAAAGCACUACAGCCCCUCCAAAGGUAGCCAAAGGUCGUGCCCCCAAAUUCACUCAGCCGCUACAGCCUCGCAGCAGCCACGAAUUCCCUGCACAGACAGAGCAGACGACUACCACGCCUGACAUCAGGAACACCACUGUGACCCCGCACGGGACCAAAGAUGUCACCUUGGCCGCAGUCCUUGUCCCAGUGUUGGUCAUGGUUCUCACCACGCUCAUCCUCAUUUUAGUGUGUGCCUGGCAUUGGAGGAACAGAAAGAAAAAAACCGAAGGCACCUAUGGUUUACCUUCCUGGGACCGGGCAGGUAGCUCUUGGCUUUGCAUCUCUUUGCAUCAGCGGGAAGUCCCUCCCCUGCAGGUGGCAGUAGUGAAAGGCUGGUGGAAGGGAAUGAAGCAGUUCCUCCCCGCCAAGGCGCUGGAGCCGGAGGAGACCCCGGUGCACUACAGCAGCAGCGAGGUGACCCACCUGAGCCCCAGGGAGGUCCCCACAGCGCUGCAGGCCGACUCUGCAGGCUGCGGCUGCCGCCCUCAGCGGCACGACCCCUGUGUUGACCGAUCCUGUCCUGUUGUGUGUGUUUUGCGAUAUCCACAGAGUAUGCGCAGCCGCUCGUGGGAGGGAUUGUGGGUACCCUUCAUCAGAGGUCCACCUUUAAACCAGAAGAACGGAAGGAAGCAGGCUACGCGGACCUCGAUCCUUACAAUGCCCCGGUGCAGGAAGUUUAUCAUGCCUACGCAGAACCGCUUCCAGUCACGGGGCCUGAGUAUGCCACCCCCAUCGUCGUGGAUAUGUCGGGGCACCCCACAGCUGCGGUCGCCCUGCCCUCCACGUCCACUUUCAAAGCUGCGGGGAACCAGGCUCCCCCCGGAGUGGGGACGUACAACACUCUUCUCUGCAGGACUGACAGCUGCUCCUCAGCCCGGGCCCAGUAUGACACCCCAAAGGCCGGGCCGCCGGGUCCGCGUGCCGCAGACGAGUUGGUGUACCAGGUGCCACAGAGCACGCAGGAGGGGGCAGGAGCAGGGAGGGGUGGCGAAGGCGAUGUUUUUAGAGAAAUCCUUUGAACGCGAUGCUGCGUUUUACAAAGCGUUGUUUUAGAGCACAGGGCCUUUCUUGCAAGGCUAGUGGCAGUGGCGUGUAGAACGUGUUAGGUGUCUGUCACAGAUGUGUUGGACAUGUGGUGACCGAGGCACAGGAAACUACUAAUCUUGCCAUCUUGCUUUAAAAGCGUUAUUGUGGCAGUACUGCUUGCCUGUUAAAUUUUGAACAUCCUGUUUACUACUACUGUAAAACACUAUUUUUAAUACAGAAAAAGCUUCCUACUAUGCACUUCAAAGAAAUUGAAAUCACUGAGAGUAUUUAUUACCAGUGCUGCAGGUACAUUAAUGAACUCGAGACAGCUCUAAGUCUGACUGGCAGUAAUGCAUGGUACUGUUCUCGAAAUGUCUGAUGGCUUGAAGCUCUGCUCUGUUUGUGAAAGGUAGGUACUACCAUGAUUUCCUCUUCUAUCCCUGGAUUUUUUUUUUUUAAUACUUAGUGAUACAAUCAUUGUUUUGACUGCCAUCCUACACAUAGCCAUUUUCCCUUAGGAGGACCUAUCGCUGAGAAUUCUGGCUUGCAAUGAGCAGUGAUUGAUUUUUCACUUUUUGACACUCUUAAGAGCUUUAGCACUCGUGGUACAGGACUGGUCUCAUCUGUGCUUGUCCCGCGUGGGGCCCGUGAUGGCCAGGCCCAUGCUUGUGUUUAUAAAACGUUGUUUUCUCAGUGGGUAGUAUUUGCUUUAUCAACCUCCUGAAUUCAGGUCUCCUCCUGUCUUUAAGUACUUCUCUGUGUGGAAACGGGAACCACUUCAGUUUAGAAAGCUCUGGGGGAGGUUCUCUCCCUCCCCCAACUUUAUCUGCACUGGGAUGUUUCCGAGGAGAGUUGUGAAAAGUCGGGGGUUCUAGGUGAACACCAUAAACAAGACCUGCUUCUGUUUAUUACAGUGAAAGGCAAAAUCGUUCCUCAGAAGUCAUAUAAAUCACCCUGAAAACAAGUAACCAGAAUUUACCCUCUUUGGUUUCAUAGAUAGAUUUUUCUUUGAAUCUCAAGGUACUUGAUUAAUUUUAGUCACCUUAAAAAAUAUUUUUUAAUUUCAGUUUUCCACGGUAAACUGUUACAAGAAAUAGAAAUGCAGCCUGUGUUCCUCAGCUGUGCAUGAGGGGUCCGGGUGGUGGAGGCAGGUGUCAUUCUUUCUGUCUCACCUAGACCACAGCUGGUGGGUGGAGCCUCCGCUGGGCUUGCCCAGAACUCGGGCUAGAUGGGUGGAAUAGAAACUGUCUGCAGUUUACUAGCCUGUAGUGUGAAAGCCAUCUUAAAACAUCUUUAAACUGGCGAGAUGGUAUGAGAAGCUGACCAUACGAUUAAAACGUAUAAAUGCCUUCUUCUGUAAACCUUGGUCUGUAGACUUGAUGUUGAAAUGUGCUCUGCCAUCAGGUCCUAGUUCUUUUCUUUUGGCCUGUGCCACCAGAUUGUCGUUGCCAGAAUUCGCUACACUUGACUAAAGAUGCAUGGUGUUCAUUCUGCUUGCUUCCGUGAGUGUUAUAACUGUUUAUUUCUGCAGCCUCCCUGCCUUCUGCUUGUAUGAUUUUGGUCUUAUUUUCAUUUGCUUUUCUUUUCCCAACCAACUUUGAGGCAUAAUUUUAUUUACUGAAAAACCAAUACCUAUUUUGUUUCAAAAUACUUGAAACAAGAGGGACAGAUGUUGAACUUGUAAUAAAACAUAUAUGAGCGUGUAAGCACAUGUAUUAAUGUAGUCAUCCCCUUUCCAGUGGGAAGAGAGUAAACCAGUUGCUUUAUUUUUUUAUUCACCCUUAGCACACAGAAAAUAUGCUUUCCCUCAAAUCAUGUGCCUGUUUGAAGCUUUAAGAGAGAUGAUUUUAGUGGCUACUUCAUUUUCCCAAAGAUGUUUGCUCUAGUUGUGUAAUUGUGUGCACCUGAUUGUUUUUCCCAGCAAACUGUUUGAGAAGCCAGUGUUUUCUUAAGAAUGAUGCAUGUUUUAAGACUUGAUUCAGCUUGCCACUGUGCUGUCCUUGAACUACCAAUGAUUUUUACAAAACCUAGUUUUUACUACUUUUAUGUAUUUUACUUUCCAAGUGAAGAGCUGAGCCUGAUAGAAAGGGUUGUUCUUGUUUUGUACUUUUUCUUUUAGUCCAUUUGUUUUCCUAGUAGAGUUCUGGGGUUUUUUACUACGUUUAUAUGUCUGAUACAUGUACAGCUUUGGAGACAAUCAAGUAACAACUGAAAAUGUGAAAGUAACCAUUUUUUACAAAAUUCCUUUGAAUUUUUAUACUUUGAAACAUGUAAAAGACUUAAGUCACUGUGGUUUAUUGGGUUAAGUUUUCCUGUUAAUUAUAAAAAUAGACAGCAGCGCAGCAAGCGUGGCCCUUACAGGUUGCAUAAAAUCACACUGACUUCGCUGUUACUUGAUCUAGGAACUCGCACAGUUUAAGAUAAGAUAUUGUGAAUGCUGAUUUAUAUUUUAUUAACAGCUAUAAAUCUAAAUAGAUCCUAGUGUAUGUGCAGGGUCUAGUCCAAUUAUUUAAGUUCCUGUUUCACUAUUUGCACUUUGCAUUGAACAGUGGGUUUAUUCGCUGAUGAAACGGUUCGAGUAGAGAAUUUAUACAGUAACUGAAAUUACAACGUUGUGUAUACACUUGCCCUCCCCGUAAGGAGGGAGCAGAAAAUGAGCUCAUCUAAAUACGAACAUGGCCGUAAUUCCCUGGAAAGUGAUAAAGCUUGAACUUCACUGUCAGUUGGAGAGCAAGAGGGCUGCUGAAACACCAUGUCCGAUGAUACAGUUAGAAAGAACCAGCAGAUUAUGUGGGACAGUGAAAGCUUUUUAAACCCUCUUGAGAGAAAUCCAGGAAGCUCUACCUAAAAAAAUUACCUGUUAGGUCUGUCUUUCGUUCUGAGCUUGAAGUCCCUGAACUGCAAAAUCUAACGAAGAGUUGGAUGGUUAUUAAAACACUUUUUAGGUCACCUGUGGCACCACUUCUCGUUUAAUCCAACUUGUGCCUAGUUUCUUCUUCAUCUCCUCCUCCUCCUUUUUUGGCACUGGGAAAGGUGAAAACAAACCUGUAUUGCAACACGUGUUGGAAAUGAAAACAGUGCGAGUGGCGCGAGAGGCUCCCAGAAUGUACUUUUCUUACCUCGGCACGUACUGUAGUCACUUGGUAUCUGUAUAUGUGGCUAGAAUUUAGAUUGUAUAAAUAGAUUUUAAUGUGUUUUUAAUAAAUUGUAAAUAUGUGUCUUG